UUGCCUUUCUUCUCUGACUGCUUCCCAGCGGGCGGGGCCUCUCCCUGCAGUCCUGAAGAAAGCAAGAAGUGUUGAUUCUGAGACAGGAAACAUGGGCCCUGCUAAGGGCAUCUUCCUACUGUACCUACUGCUGGGGUAUUGCUCUUCAUGCAGAAAAGAUCUGCAAUCAGUGUGUGGACGACCUAUACAGUGGAGCCGGAUUGUGGGAGGCCAGAACGCUGAUGAGGGCCGCUGGCCCUGGCAGGUCAGCUUGCGCUUCCUCAACAGGCAUGUCUGUGGAGGCACCCUUGUCAGUGAGCGGUGGGUACUGACAGCAGCACACUGUCUGAAAUUUACCUGGGCUCCGUCCUACUACAGUGUAUGGCUGGGAUCAAGAAAUAUAAGCAAUUCAGAAGGCCAAGAGUUUAAAGUGAAGAAACUGGUCACACAUCCCAGUUACGAUGAUUCAAUGGCAGAUAUUGCCUUAUUGAAACUGUCCUCUAAUGUCACUUUCACUUCUUUAGCUGUGCCCAUCUGCUUGCCCUGUGUUUUAAAGAACUUAACAAUUCCACAUACUUGCUGGGCAACUGGAUGGGGGAAACUUACAAAUACUUUAGCUGAAGUUGACUAUCCUUCCAUCCUCCAUGAAGUAGAAUUACCCAUAGUUGACAAACGGGAAUGUGAAAAACGCUACAAUCCACUUGGCUUCUUGUUAAACUUAGAGCCAGUUAUCCAGGAUGACAAUAUUUGCGCUGGUGGAAAAACGAAGGAUACUUGCCAGGGUGAUUCCGGAGGGCCUCUGUCAUGCCACAUUGAUGGGAAAUGGUUCCAGAUAGGAGUGGUAAGCUGGGGAAAAGACUGUGGUACUUCUUUUCCUGGAGUCUACACCAGUGUGAUCUACUACCAAAAAUGGAUUGCCUCCACCUUCGCAAGAGCUGAGAUCUUGGGUAUCAACCAUCUGAACUUGCUACUCCCUAUUGUACUGCCUUCACUGGCUCUCCUAGUACCUUCCUGUGCCACUGGACCUAACAUCUUAAGGAGAAUAGGCAGUAUAGCAAAAGCUGCUGGCCAAGUAGAAGGGCAGGAAGAUAAUACAUGAAGGAAAAAAAAGCCUCAUGAUGAAUUUCUGGGUGAAUUUCAUUAAAAUAAUUUAAAAUGA